CAAAGUUCGACGCCUCGUUCCGCAAAAAUUGUUGAAAAACAGUGUUUUAAGUGUGAUUUUCUAGUUGAGCGGUAGCGUGACAGCUGUAUCAACGCGUGCAUCAUUGUCGCCGUGCAGUGGACGGACAGGAAAGGUAUGAUAUUGGCCGAACGGGAACACUUUUCUGCCGACCCGUGCCUAGACUCGAUGUGAACUUGAUAAAAAUAGAGUGCCAAUUCAUUGACCACCCCGAAUCGCUGACUGUACGCGCAGAAUGAGCUUAUAAGUGUUAAGCGGCCAAGCCUGCGAAAUUCAGCGUGUGCCUUAAAUGUAACGUGCAGAGAAAGUCGCAACUCCACACUCCGUAACUCGAAUGGUGGGUAACAGCUCCUUCAUCGGUAACGCCAUUAGCACCUCUGGUGCACCCAAUGGUAACGGCAGCAGUGGCAGGAGCAGCAACAGCAACAUCACCGGUUCCAGUACCGUCGUGCGCAACGGAAUUAGCUUCGGAAGCAAAAACAUACUAAAUGUAAAUUCGAAGACUAGUAACAAUGUGGUGAACGUUGUGAAGGGGGUCUAUAUACGGCAACAGCAUUAUCCUAAUAGUCAGCAGCAGUCUAGCACUUCUGGUGUGGUAACAUCUGCCGUUGGCAGCACUAGUGCCGUGAAUUUGAUUUCCGGCCACCAUCAGUCCAUCGUAGGCGGAAUGAUCAAUCACAGUUCUUUGAUGUUUGCGACGACGACAACGACCACCAAUCUCCAGCAGCAGCUGUCGGUCAAAUCGAAUACAUCCCCAGCAGGCGACGGCGGCGUUGUAGCAAAGAAGCCAGUGGUUCUCAACACAACCAAAAUCGAUACCGACACCAGCAGCGGCAGCAGCAUCGUGGCCAAUACCACCAACACCACUACCAUCACCUCCACCUCCACCACCAGUGUGACCACGACGGACACUCCCACCGAUACGGAACCGACGGGCGCUACCGAGGUGUCGCUGGAAACCAAAGAAUCGAACCCGGACAAUGAGCCUCAAGAGGAGCAGCCGGAGAUCGACAUCGUGAUCAACAACGUUGUGUGCUCGUUUAGCGUACGCUGUCAUCUGAAUCUACAUGAUAUCGCCCGCCAGGGGAAUAAUGUGGAGUUCCGGAGAGAGAACGGGAUGGUAACAAUGAAAUUGCGCCGCCCGUACACGACCGCAUCGAUUUGGUCGUCUGGGAAAAUCACUUGCACCGGUGCUACGUCAGAGCAUCAGGCAAAAAUAGCGGCACGACGCUACUCACGCUGCCUUCAGAAGUUAGGAUUUAAUGUUAGAUUUAGGAACUUUCGUAUCGUGAACGUACUCGGCACCUGCAGUAUGCCAUUCGGCAUCAUGAUUGUCAACUUCUCGGAGAAAUAUAAAAAGGACGCCAGCUACGAACCGGAACUUCAUCCAGGCGUUACCUACAAGCUUCAGACACCGAAAGCAACCCUGAAAAUAUUCUCAACGGGAAGCAUUACCGUGACCGCGGCAAGUGUGGCCUUUGUACAAGCGGCAAUCGAACAAAUAUUUCCGCUCGUUUAUGAAUUUCGUAAAAAACGAACCCCGGUGGAGAAGCUGGCAAUGGUUAAGCAAGCGCCACCGGACUUUGAUCCGCACGACGUCGAUCAUCUGAUAGAGGAGGACCGCGAAGGUGCACUGGCGGAAGCGGAAGAUCUCACGUACUGGAACGGAACGUCUGACGAUCCAAUGCAGCCGGACGAGCAGGCAGAUAAUCUCGAGACGUUCGAUGAAGAGGGUGAGAUCAGAAAUAACACCAAAGCAAUACACAAAAUCAAUAGUAUUAGGCAAAAUGGUAAGAAACGUCGCCUGCGCCAACUGCGCCCAUCCGGCCGAGUUGUGAAUGACGGGGACAGCAUGUCCGACGAUGAUCUGUGUGUCAGUGACUACGAAUAGGGUGGAUAAACCGCGCGAGAGCAACGCAACCGCAAGACAACAUCUACCAACCAACCGUGAUUAUUCACGCUCAUACGAUCCCCCAUACCAAUUUGCUGUCCUUAAGUACAGGCGCACAUUGUGGUGACCUUGUCCGUGUUGGUAUUCUUUUUAGAGUCCUUUAUCGUUUUUUGUGGCUGAACGAUAUGCUGCAGCUAAGCCGAUUGAAGCAAAACGGUACAGUAAAACAGUGAAUUGUGGAAACGAUAAUUAUAUGUUGGAAAUCUCUGAAGGAUCAAAAACGGACCGUUAUUAAUCACUACGGAGAAGCCUACAGAAAUCUAAUAUAGCGAAGGGAGAAAGCGCUGCUAGAAGCGGGAAGUACGCAAAACAUAAAACAACAUACAGACAGAAUGCACUGAAUUCUCGGUACUGUCCUCCAGGAGGACAUGAAAUCUGAACAAACAAAGGACAGAUACACUGCACAUUUAAAGGAGAGCAGCAAGAUCAACAAGUAAACAAUAAUAUAAUUAGGUCGUCAAGUGUGAAACGUACACAAAACAUAAUUUCUCAUUUCUGGCUCGACCAACAUCUUAACUUCUUUAUUAAAUUGGUUCUACACUCUUUGUGAUGGCUAGGUCUGCCUUUUGCUAUGUCUAACGGUUGGCUACGUGGGACACGAAAUACCUAUAGUCGGAAUGACCAAAAAGAGUGUUCUGCAUGUGGGGUAGCGCAUUGAACCCAUGACUCUGACUCAGUUUUAUUUUAUCAAUUCAUAUUACACCAUCUUUUGAAGUUAUGUUCUACUUCCUUGGAUGACAAUCCGGAUGUAAAUCCGGUGUAAAAUGACGUCCCGAUUUCUAUGCAUCGAAAGUCAUGAGACACGGGCGAAGUUCCUUGUUUCAUGGCACAUGCGUUACGAUCCAAGCACGGCGGAUUUUGUGCUCCCGAACACAAGUAACAGACCUAAUUGUUGGUAAAUUUUGUACAGAGACACGAUACGAAGAGUACAAGAAGUACAUGAUAUUGUGGACGAUCCUUUUCGGGGACAAUUGCGUCUCAAUAAAUGCUGGCACCACACAUCCACAUCCUUUUGACUCGAAUUAUGACAAUGUGAUGAAAAUAAACACGAACACAAUCCGCCAACGUUUAACAUGCACAUCAGAGUGGCUCUUAAGAGAAAAGUGAGUUAAUGAAAGGCAUCCAGCGUGCAUCCAAUCCAAUCAGGACUUCUUGGUGCAUGUUUUGAGAGGUAACCAGAAUCCGAUGUAACGCAGACGUUUUUGCUACUCGUGAUUGUGCAUACUUGACGACCUGGCAGAGCAUACGUGGCACACGUGUUCGUGGUGUUGUAGGUGGUCAACAAAAGCUAGAAUAUAAGAAGAGGCUGCUGCGCACGGUGUGAACAGAAGCCCAGUAUCAAUGUCCGUUGUUUAGGUGCGCCCCCGAAGCGGUGUUUGAUUAGCGCUACGAUUCGGUAUGUUGUUUCCACGAAUCAUUUAUUUGAAUAAGCAUUGAUUUAAGCAUGAAAAACCCCCAUCUGGAAAUGUAAUAAAUAACUGCCAUUACACUAACGAUGGUCAAAA